AGAGAGAGAGAGAGAGAGAAGAGCGUGGAGGAUCAUGGCGCCGCGCAAGAAGAAUGCCUCGAUCAAGUCUAGCGGAGCAACGAGCAGCAAAGCUGCUCCUCUACCCGAUUGGGUCAAAGGAGGCGCGCCCAAACCUGCUCCUUCUUACACUCGAGCAGGGGCAGCGGCAGCGGCAGCCCAAGACGAGUCGAAUUUCACCUCGUCACGCAGCAACAGCAACAGCAACAGCAACAGCAACAGCAACAGCAACAGCAACAGCAACAGCAACAGCAACAGCAACGGCAGACCUCCUCCGCUCUUCCCGCCCGGCGUCAAACCGCCCAUCUCGCUGCUCAAUGAGCGCAUUCAGAAACAUCAUGCUAGUGCUGGUUGGCAAAGGGCCAAUAUCGAGGUUCGAAGAGCGCGUGGUAUGAUGCGCGAGCAGCGUCAGCUUGAGCAAGAGCAGGAUCAAGAAGAGGAGGAGCAGCAGCAGCAGCCACGACGACGACGACGACAACAAGGCGCCACGACGGCGGUUGAAGAAGAAGAAGCGCAAGAUGGUGAAGAAGAAAGAUGGACAGCAUUCGCAGUGCUCACAAAGACGAACAAGACGGACGCUUCCAAGCCGCACACGGUCAGAUUGCAACCUGCAGCGAGGGAAGAGGAAAUGCUGCGCUGGACGGCAGGGGAGAGGGGCAAGGAUAUGGCUAGGCAGUUGGGCGCCGUGUAUGCGCUCUUUCGCAUCUGUUCCAACCUCAGUUUGAACCGCGUCUUGCCAGCCGGAGGUCCGCGCGAAUAUUGGCUUGCGCUGGAAGCUUACAAGAAGCAAGCACCUGCUCAUCUGGACUGGAUGUGGGCUUCAGAGCCUUUCGAAGCGGCCGCUAAGCGCAUCGCGGAGAGAGCGGCCAAGGAAGCGCAGAGGCAGAGGGAAGCGGAGGCAAGGGAAAAGGGAGAGGUGCUGCAGUCGGAUGGAAGGAGCAAGUUGGGCAAAGCUUGGACAGAAGCGAGGGAAGUUCGAAUGAGCGCUAGGUUGAGGGAAAUGACGGAAAAGACUGUCAGAGCGGCUCUGAAUCUCUUUCCUCAAGCUGCUGCUGCAACCCUUGCGGAUGAAGAGCGGCAAGACGAAGAUGCAUCAGUGCGCGCCUCGGAUGCAGAAGGCGUUGCGAGAGGGGCGAUCGACGAAGCGGCAGUGCAGAGCCUCGUCAAGCAGCUCACUGCUUUGGGAUUCAGAAUGGGCCACGCACGAAGCGCUGCUCGAUGGGUGCACACCACUCGAGCCGGUCUCCGCACCGCCCCAUCUUCCUCCUCCUCCUCCUCCUCCCCUUCUUCUUCCUCUGCCGAAGCUUCUCUACGCUCCUCCAUCGUCUCACUCGGAGACAGAGAAGCGGCUCUAGAAUACCUGGUGCUUUUCACUCCCGAAGAAGAUCUACCACUCUCCUUUGCACCCAGCAAAAAAGCAGAUGCCUUCAUCACCGCUUCUACGGCUGGGGAGGAGAAGGAACGUCUGGCUGUCAGAUGGGCCACGGAUCGAUUGGUCAGGUAUGCUGGAUUUCCCAGAAAGGCGGUGCAGAGAGCCAUGGCGCAGACGCACGAGGCGCACAUCGACGUCGACAAGCGGGAGAUUGUGGUGCUGGAAAUGCUCCUCGCGCGAUUGGUCGGCGAUGAGGAGGAAGCGAAACGGGUGCUCCUUGCAGCUUCUGAUGAGGGAGCGGGCCGAACGUCGCAGGAGAAGCAAGAGAGGAAGAGAAAGAGGCAAGAUGAGAAGUUGACUGUGGGAGCUGUGCUUGGAGAGGAAAAGUUGCGUGGCAUCCCGCAGGACGAAAGGCCUUUGGGUAGCAGCAGCGAUGGUGAAGAUGUCGGGGCUUCUACAAAUUACGACGUUGUAGUUGCGCAGAGGAAGAAGGGCAAAGGGAGCGCAGAAGGGGAAGAAGUGAUCCUGAGGGUAUGUCCAGGAGAAAAGUCGAGGUACCCGACGAUGGCAUCAUUGAACGCAGCGGAAGAAGCCAUCUCUUCCUCCACCUCUGCCUCUCUGCCCACAUUCUACGUCGCCUCUUCCACCCUGCCUGCCUAUCUACGCUUGGCACUCACAGCUGGGCUGAUUAGAGCUGCGCGCACCAGACCGGAUUGGAUGGAGAUGCUCAGCGCUGGAGAAGGCGGGUUGAUCUUGUUGAUGGUGGAAGAGCUAGAGAAUACUUGGAAAGAGGUCUGCGAAGAUCCUCCCGAUCUGGCUAGCGUCAUGCAUGGUCUAGUCCCUGCGCUCAGUGCGUCGACAAGCGGCGCAUCGCUCGACGUCACCGCGUCCACCAACUCUAGCGUCGAUUCGCGAGCCAUCAGUAGCAAAGCGUCGCAGAGGGUUCAAGCCUUGCGGAGAGAUGCGCGGAUGGACGCGUGCUUGUUGCAGGUUGCGCAGAGUCUGAGCCCCGCGGAGCAAAAGACGUGUGCGCAGAUGCGAAAGGUCAGAGAGGCUUUGCCGGCUUUCAAAGCUAGGGAUGAAGUGUUGCAGCUGCUCAGCAGCAACAGGGUCAUCAUCGUUGCGGGUGAGACGGGGUGCGGAAAGACUACGCAAAUCCCGCAAUACAUCUUGGACGAUUUUGCUCAGCGCAAGGAAGGGAGCUUGUGCAGCAUUGUUGUUACGCAGCCCAGAAGAGUCAGCGCUAUGGGCGUAGCUGCCAGGGUUGCGGAGGAACGAGCGGAAAGAUUGGGCAGUGGGGUGGUGGGGUAUGCGAUCAGAGGAGAGAGAAAAGCGAGCAAAGAUUGCAGGCUGCUGUUCAGCACCACGGGUGUGCUGCUUCGACGUCUUGCGACGGGAGAUCCGGACCUGGUCGGUCUGUCGCAUGUCAUAGUGGACGAAGUGCACGAACGAUCGGUAGACUCUGAUUUUUUACUGUUGGAGCUUCGACGCGUGCUGCAGCGCAACCCUACUCUACGCGUCAUCCUCAUGAGCGCGACGAUCGAUCAGCAAGUCUUUUCGGACUACUUUGCAGGCGCUCCGUGCGUCGGUAUUCCGGGCAGAACCUUUCCAGUGUCGGAUCAUCAUUUGGAAGAUCUGAUUCGACUUACGCACUUUAGACCUUCUGCGCGCAAUAUGGGCGCCACGAAACACAAGACGGAACAGCAAGUAGAAGGGAUCAGGAACUCGUUGAUGCAGUGCGACUUGGCAGAGAAUGAUUUGCAGAGCGUGCUGAGCAUCGUCGCUUCGCAGCGUAUCGAUUAUGAACUGCUGGCUUGCGCCGUCAAGAUGCUGUGCGAGCACGCGGAAGCUGAGGAACGUGAAGGUGGUGCUGAUCCUUCUGCUGGCGGAGCGAUCCUCAUCUUUUUGCCUGGUGUGGGCGAAAUUCGACAAGCAAUUGAAGCCAUCAGGAGUGCAAUCAGGACCAACGUCGACAUCAUGCCCUUGCACGCCAAUUUGUCUUCAGAGGAACAACGUCGAGUUUUCUUGCCUCCUUCUUCCAAAGGCUUGCGCAAGAUCGUCGUCUCUACCAAUGUUGCCGAAACGUCGAUCACCAUCCCGGACAUCAGCUACGUGAUCGAUAGUGGUCGGGUCAAGGAGACGCGCUUCGAGCCCGAGUCCGGAUUGACCCGCUUGGUCGAGUGCUGGGCUAGCCGUGCAGCUUGUCGACAAAGACGAGGUCGUGCAGGUCGCACCCGAGCUGGCGAGUGCUGGAAGCUCUUUAGCAGGUACACCGAAGAGAGGCAAAUGUCUGCACAGCAAACUCCGGAAAUUCGUAGGGUACCGCUGGAAAGUCUGUUUUUGCAGGCCAAGGCGAUGGAUGAGGAGACGGACGUGAAAGAGUACCUCGGUGAGGCUAUUGAUCCGCCAAACGUCGGCAGUAUGGAUCAGGCGCUCUCGACGCUCAUCGAGGUGGGAGCCAUUCAGCAAGAUCGUGGUUUCAAGAGCAGACUCACUGCGCUCGGCAGACAUUUGAGCAACCUUCCGCUCGACUUGCGCUUGGGCAAAUUGCUCAUCCUUGGCUCCGUCUUUCAAGCUCUGGCCCCUAUGCUCACCGUAGCGGCCAUCAUGUCAUGCAAGCCCUUGUUUCUGGCACCUUUUGAGAAGCGAGAGGAAGCAAAUGCAGCACGUUCUCGCUUCGCUACAGCAAAUUCGGACCUCUUGACCGAUGUCAAUGCGUACGACGCUUGGGCCAGGCUGCGCUCGGAAAGAGCUUCCAAUGCUGAGAUGCGCGAUUUCUGCGAGCAGAAUUUCAUCUCGCCCUCGUCACUGCGAGAUGUUCAGAGCAAUAGAAUGGAUUUGCUCAGUCAACUGCAGCAGUUGGGCUUUGUGCCUCGAACGUACGAUGCUCGCGCCUAUCUGCGCGACGACUCCUUGCACGCUUUGGAUCAACACGCUUCCAAUCACUCGUUGCUCAGCUCUCUCAUCCUUGCUGGUCUCUACCCCUCCGUCAUAAGGGUAUCUCUACCGUCAGCCAAGUUCGAUCAAGGAAGUUCGGGGGCCAUACAGCGUGCAGCAGAAGCCAAAGCGCUCAAGUACUUUGACGCAACAGGCAGAGUAUUUCUGCACCCCUCCAGCAUCCUCUUUUCCUCCAAUCAUAUCCAAGGACAUUUGGUCUGCUUCAAAAAGAGCGCUAGCGGAGAGGGACAGAGUAGCAAGACGUACUUGAGGGAUGCGACGGAUGUGCCUCUUUUUGCUUUGUUGCUCUUUGGCGGCAAGCUGACCAUACAUCAUUUGGCUGGAGGUAUAAGCGUCGGUUCUCAUGCUCUGAAGCAGGAAGGGGCAGCAGACGUUUCCGACUCGCCGGCUCGACCGACGCAAGAAAUACGUUUGCGAGCGAAUGCUAGGAUAGGCGUGCUGUGUGGUCAGCUGAGACGUCUUUUGGAUGCUGUCAUGGCUGAAGCGUUCGAGUCGCCUGCGGACGAUGGCAUAGCUGCGGCGGACAAGACGGGCGUCAUCGAGACGAUGCGAGCGCUCUUGGCACGCGAUGGUCUGGAUCCAGUCUAGGAUACAAGAGCGUCUCAAAGCCCGCUCCGAGUAAGCUUGCGCUUGUCUCUCCUUCGCUAAGACUGCUUCUAGCUUCUGCUUCCGUUACAAUGCAUCGCAAUCAUUUGCAUCACUUGUGCCAAUGAACACGUCAUUCUCCAAUAUGCUCGCAAGCUUUUGAAUUCUAGCCUCUUCAUCCCCUUCCCGGCCCGCCUCGACCGGCCAACUUCCAAGCGGCAAAAUCGCUCUCUCCAAACCUGAACAUUUGCGUCGUGCCAUGAUCGCACACGGCCAGGAUAAAGUUUCGCCUUCCGCUCUUCAAGGGCGGAAAAGGAUUUGGUGGGCGAGUGGCAAAGUUCGUAUCGCGUUUGUGCUGUUUGUUCGCGGGCAAAGGUGCGCGCGAACAGCCGGGUGGGGCGUGCGACCAAAGAUCC